ACUAUUUACUCUGCAGUAGUCAACAACAACUAACUUGACUAUCGAUUGAUAUACGACUGUUGAAAGCAUCGACAUCCUCCUGACUCUCAAAUAGUCAGAUUGAAUCAGGAAACCCAAACGAAUCGCCAAGAUCUUCACGGAUCGGCCACUAUCGAACCUGACAGGCGUACGACUCUUAACCGAGCUCGGAGUCGGCUUUCUCGGUUCGAGUCGUCUUCGGCAAAUUGUCGCACUAUUAGCCACGAGGACACCGGUAACCUGCUAUGUGUGCAGAUUCGACCUCCUUUUUGGGGUUGCAAGGACUUCAUGUCUUUGUUACUGGUGCUGCGGGGGGGAUUGGAGAGACGGCUGUGAGGGAGUUUUUGGAGCAAGGAUGCAAAGUGACUGCACUUGAUCUUCGUCCCCUCCAGCUCGCAGAGGCUGAUGGAGAUCAAUACGCCCGGUUCCACACCAUAACCGGCGACAUCUCAGAUGAAGAGUCCAUCCAGUCAGGCUUCGCACAAGCCACCAAGCGAUUCGGUCCUGUGAACAUCCUCGUCGCCAAUGCCGGCAUCACCGAUGAAAGCAACGAUUUCCCGAUCUGGGAUAUGCCCUUGGAAACAUGGGAGAAGACGUAUCAAGUUAAUGUUCGCGGAACGUUCCUCACCAUCAAGCACUUUCUACGCGCAGCCAAAGCCUCGCAGCAGACGCUGGGUAGGGAGUUAGAUAACCUAGCCAUUGUCGUGACGGGUAGCGAGACGGGCAAGUUCGGCCAGGAGGGUCAUGCAGAGUAUGCCUCCGGCAAGGCUGGUCUGCAGUAUGGGCUGAUCCGGGGCGUGAAGAAUGAGAUUGUGCGUUUGAAUAGCAAGGCACGUAUCAAUGCCGUCGCACCGGGAUGGGUCGAUACAUCCUUGAUCAAAGGAAGGCUUGAUGAUCCGGUGGAGAUGUGGGCUGAAGCUCAAGCCACCGUACCGUUGAAGAAAAUCGCCAAACCAGAAGAUGUGGCUCGCACCAUGGCGUUCCUGGCCUCGCACCGCGCGGCUGGACAUAUAUCAGGACAAUGUCUCAGCGUCGAUGGUGGCAUGGAGGGCCGAUUAAUCUGGAGAGAGGCUGAAGCCAAACCAACCACAGAUAAACAAACAGAAACAGCCAUCCAGUCCAUCCCCCGAUCUCUGGGAAAGCCCCAACGAAACAAGAUCCGGAUCGCAGUCUCAGUAGAUCUAGACGCAGUGUCCGGCUGGCUAGGAACAGGCCACCACUCGGACAACACACUCGCAGACUACUCUGCCGGUUUCUUCGCUGCCCAGGUCGGCGUCCCUCGACUCGUGCGCAUGCUCAAGAAGCUCAAUCUAGCCGAUCGCUGCACCUGGUUCAUCCCAGGCCACUCUGCCGAAAGCUUCCCCGAACAGGUCCGCGAAGUGGUCGACACCGGCUGUGAGAUUGGUCUACAUGGAUACGCGCAUGAGGGGGCAUACCAGCUCACCGUCGAGCAAGAACGAGACGUCCUCGUCAAAUGCAUCGACAUUGCGACCAAGCUGACAGGCAAGAAACCAGUCGGAUACAGAGGUCCCCUAUACCAAGUCCGAGAAUCAACCCUCGAUCUUCUCGAAGAAUUUGGCUUUGAAUACGAUGCCUCCCUAACCGACCACGACUGCCACCCCUUCUUCGCCCCCCGCCGACCCCCCCUAAAACCAAUCGACUUCUCCCUCCCCGCCUCAUCCUGGAUGCACCCCGUCGAACAAUCCCCCACAACCCCCGACCGACGCCCCCUCGUCUGCGUCCCCUGCAACUGGUACAUGGAAGACAUGACGCCGAUGCAGUACCUCCCACACGUGCACAAUUCACACGGGUACACGGACGUCCGGGUGAUUGAGAACCUCUGGCGCGACCGAUUCCUGUGGAUCCGUGAGAAUGAAGAGAAUCCGAUCUUUCCGGUGCUGAUGCAUCCCGAUACGAGUGGGAUGGCGCAUGUUAUUGGGAUGGUGGAGAGGUUGUUGACUUGGUUGAAGGGGUGGGGGGAUGAGGUGGAGUUUUGUCAGACGGGAGAGAUUGCGAGGUGGUGGAGGGAGGAGAAUUUGAAUAGGCUGUAGUUGGUUUAUAUAAAUAUUGGUAAUGUUAAGACUUGUAUAAGUGUAUGGACUGUCUAUGAAUGGCAUGAUGCUGUCUUUAACAGUUGGAUCAGAUUGAAGGGAGUUGUUCCAAAGCGCAUAUAUAUUUCUACGAGUUGGAUCAUACUUA